UCCAGGGAAAUGUCUCUGCUGCUUAUUUAGAGAGAUUGGGGGCAAGAGAAUGGAAAAAUGAGGAGGGAAAAUAACUCUGCUUAAAAGAACAAAUUGAUAGAUGAACAACAAAGAGCAAAAAGAAACAAAUGGCUUUGAUAUUGAGGAAGGUUUGAUACUGAGGUUGGCGUAGGAAUGCAAUUGGCAGUAUGAUCUCAUUGAGGGAUUAAGCAAAUCCAAGUCCAUACCAGGCACCAGGCUGAAUGCUUUAAGGUGCAUUUUCUCAUUUAGUCCUUACAAGUACCCUGUGAGGUUUGGAUUAUUAUUAAACUUGCUUUAUAGAUGAGGAGACUAAGACUUAAGAGAACUUCAGUAGAUAACCAGAGGCCCCAUGACUCAAAAAUGGCAGUGCUAGACUUAAUCAGGUCUGACUCUAAAAGUUGUAGCCUUCACCACUCUGUAUCAUGCGUGAGACAUAUGCUCACCCAUUGUUUGUUAAAUUAAUGAACAGGCACAUCAAUAAAAAAUUUUUUUAAGAUUUGGGGGAACCUUUUCACAAGAUGGCGCCGAAAGCGAAGAAGGAAGCUCCUGCCCCCGCUCAAACCGAAGCCAAAGCGAAGGCUUUAAAGGCCAAGAAGGCAGUGUUGAAAGGUGUCCACAGCCACAAAAAAAAGACGAUCCGCAUGUCACCCACCUUCCGGCGGCCCAAGACACUGCAACUCCGGAGGCAACCCAAAUAUCCUCAGAAGAGCGCCCCCAGGAGAAACAAACUGGACCACCAUGCUAUCAUCAAGUUUCCGCUGACCACUGAGUCUGCCCUGAGGAAGAUAGAAGACAACAACAGGCCGGGCGCGAUAGAAGACAACAACACACUUGUGUUCGUUGUGGAUGUUAAAGCCAACAAGCACCAGAUCAAACAGGCUGUGAAGAAGCUCUAUGACAUUGAUGUGGCCAAGGUCAACACCCUGAUUCGGCCUGAUGGAGAGAAGAAGGCAUAUGUUCGGCUGGCUCCUGAUUACGAUGCUUUGGAUGUUGCCAACAAAAUUGGGAUUAUCUAAAUGGA